GACUCUUGGCAUUCCGACGAAAAUUAUGUUCAAAAUUGGCACACCGAUUAGGUUGGGAAUAUCCCGAAAAUGAAGAUUAUUUGACUAUAAUGUUGAGAUCUUUGGCCAUUAAAGUUGCCGGCAAAUCUGGAGACCCAGAAAUCGUUAAGGAAGCUAAGCGCCGCUUUGAACUUUUCACCGAGAAAAAUGAUCAAUCGGCUAUACACCCUAAUAUACGAGGAGCGGUCUUUGAAAUUGUAUUAAUACAUGGUGGCGGUGAAAAAGAGUUCGAGGAGAUAUUGAAAAUUUUCAGAAAUAGUCCAACAGCUGACCAACAACUUGUCGCGUUGACCGCUCUUGGCUAUGCGCAACAACCUGAAUUGAUUCAACGUGCAUUGGACUUUUCCAUCUCUCCGGAAGUUCGUAAUCAAGAUGUUAUCCAUGCUUUUGCGGGUUUGCGGGAUAAUCGUAAAUCAAGAAAAAUAUUGUGGAACUUUCUCAAAAAAAAUUGGGAUUUGUUCGAAGAUCGAUACGUAAAAUCAUUGAAUCUCCUCGGAAACGUUAUUAAGUAUGGAACGAGCUCGUUUGCAUCAGAGGAAGAUGCAAUUGACAUAGAGAAAUUCUUUGCCGAUAAAGACACCAAGCAAUACGCACGACCGCUGCAACAGAGUUUGGAAAAUAUUUAUAUGAAUAGUGCGUGGUUGAAACGUGAUGCUAAAGAUGUCGAGGAAUGGCUGGCGGAUAACGGCUAUUUGAAUUGA